CCGGUAGUAAACCCAAUUCAACAGAGGAGAGUGUGAAAAUUGUGAUUUGUGACAUUAAAAUUGUUAUAAUGGUUUAAGCCAAACGAUUUUUGUAUAAAAAUGAAUAUAAAUAGAAGAAUGUCAAGUUAAGUAGGUCAGACGUACCAAACACAGCCCGCCCAAAGUUGUGGUCAUCAGCUGGCCCUCAGAAAGGGAAUGACGUCACAUGAACACAGCAGCCGUAAACUGACCAACAGUGAUAAUGAUAAACGGAGACAGGCAAUCGAUGAGCUGGAGCAGAAGCAAGUAGAGCUAAUGAAAGAAAUCAUCCAGCUGAAGAAGACGGAAGCGAGGCUGGAGGAGGUGUGUCAGAAUAUGACGCACAGUUCCUCGUGUCGUCAUAGACCAAUCAUCAGCCGGAGCCAAUCAGAGAGCUUCGGUGUGCUCAAGCCAGCACGUCCAGGGAACAUCUACGAUAGAUUCCAGACUUCUUACACGUCCGCAGACUGGCGUGGCACGACUUCCGGUUUGAAAUUUUCAUCGGUUGAAGAAAAGACGUCGGGGGUAAAACCUUCAUCGGUUGUGGAUAUAAUGUCAGGGGAUAAAUCUUCAUCCGCUGUUGGUAUGACGACAGGGAGGAUUAUAAAUCCGCAAUCAAAUAGUUGGCGCGGAUUUGAGUUUAUCCCAGUUGAGCAGGCGUUAAGUCAGCCCCAGCAGACGUCGCUGUCUGCGAAUGCAAAAGGUAAACAAAAGUUCGUGCGAACCAACUCGGAAAAAAUUAUGCGCCGUUUUCAAUUCGAUGAUGAUGAUACUAUAGAAACGGAUGGGGAGUUUCCUCAAAAUAAAUUUAUUCGGAAAAUGUUAAGUACCGAAACAAUAAAAAACAAAUUAAAACACGGUGAUCCAAUAUUUGCUACAAACAAACCAAUUAACCAACCACAUUUGGAUAAAGGCCUAAAUAUCCAACCAAAUUUAAAUACAGGUUCGAACAUCAAGUCAUACAUUAAUAUUGGUUUAAACAGCCAAUCAAAUUUAAUGGGCGGAGCUAGAACGGAACUUCAGCAAGGAGAAGAUCCUGUGGCUACUUCAAGGAAAAUGAAAAAACAAGAACAAAUAAAUUCCUACGCCAGCUUUGCCCAGCAGGACGACCCUACAACAUGGCAGCCAACGCCCAAGGUUUUUAUUUCAACCCAUAGCGCUCCGGUCACUGGUAUUUUUAGAAAAGAGAAAGUAGUUCCUGAGUCACUGAAAACAACGGCGGGAGUUUCUAAACCAAAAGCUCGUCUGCCGUUGAUCGAAGAUGUUCUACAAGUUAUAGAACAGGAGUCACGUGACGGGAGCUCCAGCAGACUCCAGAGUGAGCUGGACGAGAAGGAGAAGAUGAAACACAUCAACAUGAUCAAAGCAGGCCUGAUGGGCUCUGACGGGAGGGUUGGUCAUUCGAUGGAAGAGCGGAAGUUUGGAUAUCCGGGGGGAGGGAAAGAACAGCCCAAAGCGGGCCUCAUCAUAGACUCCGACGGGAGAGUUGGUCAUUCGAGGGAAGAGCGGAAGUUUGGAUAUCCGGGGGGAGGGAAAGAACAGCUCAAAGCGGGUCUCGCCAUAGGCUCCCUUGGGAGAGUUGGUUAUUCGAGGGAAGAGCGGAAGUUUGGAUAUCCAGGGGGAGGGAAAGAACAGCUCAAAGCGGGUGUGUUAGACAAGGUUGGUGUGUACGUUGCGGAGAAACCUGAACCUAUGGAAAUGAAUUUCGAGUGUGAGGUCAUAGACCCCUCUCUGUUCCCGCUUGACACACCUGUCAUGGUAUCAUCUGUUAACACACCUGAUGAGGCCUCACCUGUCUACACACCUGUCGAGGUAUCACAUGUUAACACACCUGUGAAGGUAUCACAUGUUAACACACCUGUGAAGGUAUCACCUGUCGACACACCUGUCCACUCAUCUGUAGAAUCAUCCCAAGUCGUAUCACCUGUAUUAGAACCCCCUUUUAAAUCAACUUCAGAGCUAUCGGUUACUCGUUCACUUACCAUCACAGCGAAACCUACUGAUACAAAUAUGGAGUCAUCUUGUCAUGAAAGUCAAACUAUAAACGAAACUGCAGUGAACGAUCAUGCCUUGAAAGACAUAAAAACAUACACUAUCAAAAGCUCAGAAAAUUAUGAAAAAGGUUUGUGCACCCGUAAAGAUUCUGCUACAUCUGGUGACAACGAGGAAUACUAUUUUGGCAUACGGCAAAAACAAAAUCCGGACUCUCUUGCGCGCAAACCAGAUUUAAAAUCGCCCACAGUAGCUCCUAUGGUAGGAAAGAAUCUCAUAAUCUCACGCGAUGAGCAUAAAAAUAACAGAUCAACAAAGGCGGUGUGUAGUAGUAGCUGUGUCCCCGAUGAUGAUGAAAAAUAUUCUGGGAUGUGUAGUCAGGAUAAUGGUGGAAAAUCUAAUGGUUCCGGAAUGUGUAGCCCCAACGAUGAUGAAAAACCCAACAGUUCUGGGAUGUGUAGUCAGGAUAACCAUGGGAAAUCGAACCGUUCUGGAAUGUGCAGUCACCACAAUAGUGGAGAACCAGACGGUUCCGGAAUGUGCCCGUUUGACUUGACUUGCAUGAAGAAACAGAUCAAUGACGUCAGUAGUGACCAACUCUAA